AUGGAUUGGCAUCCGUCUGAAAGUGACUGUAAUCCGCCAAAGUUGAACAAUUUCAAGUAUACGCCUGUUUGUUUCGACGAGGCAAGCAGAUUAACCAAGUACCGAAAUAUUAUUGAGAAUUUAACACCUCUACACCGACGACGUUUACUUGAAGAAUUUGUCUAUCGUGACCCUGAUGAAUACCUGCAAAAAAGGGAUAAGAAAACAGUCGAAUGUUGUUAUUGUGGUCGUCUUUGCUGUGAUCCACGGCCUUAUGAAGAUCCUUUACCGAUGACACAAAGAGAAAUUAUGCGAUUAAGAUUUAUGUCAAAUAAUUAUAAAACAUUCGACGAUUGGAAGGAUGAUGUGAAUGACGAAUUGUUGAAUUCGUUUGGAAAUAAAAAAAAACUGAGAUGA